AUGUGUCCUAAAGAAUUGUGGGAUGCACUAGCAAGCCGUUUUGGGAGCAUUGAGGAUUGCCUUCUCCCACAGUUGAAUGAACAGUGGAAUGACAUUCAGUUUCUUGAUUAUGUGAAGGUAGGCGAUUUCCAAAGAGAUAUGCUUAAGCUACAAGCAUACCUCAAUUUAUGUGGGAUAAAACUCACAGAUAAAGACAUGAUUCAAAAGACAUUGUCUACUUUCCUUUUGCCAUAUGUUAUUCUAGCCAACCAAUUCCGCAUAGAAGUUCAUAACAAGAGAAUAACAACUUUCAGCAAGUUGAUCAACUUAUUCCGGAUGGCCGAAAGACACAAUGAAGUUCUAGCAAACAACAAUGCUAGAUCCCCCGAGAAGAAGAAAAUUCCCGAGGCUAACUAUAGCAAGGAUAACAAGGGAAAUCCCCCCAAAGAAAAGAGGGUUAAAAAUGUUGAUUCGUAUUCUCAUGCUCCAUACUCACGUGGGGAUAAUAACCCACGUGGAAGAGGACAAAAGGGUCAUCGUGGAAGGGGCCAUGGGCAUGGAGGCCAUGAACGUGGAUGCCAUUCAAGUACCUGGUCUAGAGAUGUUACUUCUGGACCUAGUGGUAGAGGCAACACUGUUGAAAAAACACAUAAGAACCCCAUGUCUAAGAAGGCCGAGAAUGACAAUGCACCUUGUUACAGGUGUGGAAUCUCCGGACAUUGGUACCAGCAAUGCAAAGCUAGUGCCAAAGUAGCAGCCAGCUACAAAAAAAUGCCGGGAAUCUAUAGAUCAAGAAGCUUACUGUGUGGAAGAACAUGA